AUAAGUGGGGUUUCACUUUCCUCUCAUCACUCCAUAAAGGACCAUAACAGAUCUUCUUGUUCCGUUCGAGUCUCUCCCCGAGUCCCCUCUCUCUCUCCCUCUCCAAAACUCGUAUUUUUCUUCUUAAGCGAUGGAACUAGCGUUGUCUCUCGGCGACAAUACUAAGAAACAAUUCUCUUUUUUGGAGAAGCACUCGAAGAUUAAUAAUCCAUCUGCCUCGUCGACCUCAACUUCCGACAAGGAUCUUGGGUUCUGCAUGGGUUUAGAUGUUGCUUUUGCUGGUCACAGAUCGUUAUCAUCCUCUUCGUCUCCCUCGGUAGAGGAUGUGAAGAAGAAACCGGCACCGAGAACAAAUAAUCUUGAUGGAUUUAGGGUUUCGUCUUCUGUAGAUCCACCACUACAGCUUCAGCUUCACUUCCCUAAUUGGCUCCCUGAGAACGGUCGGCAAGAAGGACGAAUACUCUCAGGAGUAGCUACGAUGGUGACAGAAGAGGAAGAUGAGGUGGAGGAAGCGGUGCCUAGUAUGUCAGUAUCGCCUCCGAACAGUGUAACGUCGUCGUUUCAAUUGGACUUUGGGAUUAAGAGUUAUGGUUACGAGAGAAGAAACAACAAGAGAGAUAUUGAUGAUGAAGUGGAGAGGUCAGCUUCAAGAGCCAGCAACGAAGACAACGAUGACGAAAACGGAUCCACCAGGAAAAAACUAAGACUCUCUAAAGACCAGUCAGCGUUUCUUGAAGACAGCUUCAAAGAACACAGUACCCUUAAUCCUAAACAGAAGAUUGCGUUGGCUAAACAGUUGAAUCUUCGUCCUCGUCAGGUUGAAGUUUGGUUUCAAAACAGACGAGCCAGGACAAAGCUGAAGCAAACGGAAGUGGACUGUGAAUACCUAAAGAGAUGCUGUGAGUCAUUAACCGAAGAAAACCGGAGGCUUCAAAAAGAGGUUAAAGAAUUGAGAACCUUGAAGACUUCCACACCGUUCUACAUGCAACUUCCGGCCACUACUCUCACUAUGUGCCCUUCUUGCGAACGUGUUGCCACCUCAGCAACACAGCCGGUCACGUCAGCUUCCCAAAACCUAGGUUUGGCUACGUCAUCGUUGCACUGUCCGGUUAAGCCUCGUUCGGCCAAACAAGUUUCAUGAGAAGCACGUGCGAAAUAAAUGGUUACAGUUUUAGCGCAAACGGUCGAGAGUGUGUGCAUGGUUUAAAGUUGGCUCUUCUUGUGUAUAUUUAGAUUUACUUUUUCAUAUUAUUUGGGACGACCGUCUCCAAUUUUAAAAGACGAAUAGAUCGAUUAUCCGGUCAGUGUUUUGUUUUUCUUGGAUGGAACCGGAUUAAAAAAAAACAAGAGAUGGAGGAAAAGGGUUGACAUCAUGACAUGUUUAUUGAACGAUAGAAGACAAAAGAAAAAGGGAAAAUAUUUGGUUU